UGACUUCUCUAGAAGUUCUCACAACUCAACCAGAUUGAUGAACGCUGCUGUUUACUAAAGCGUACUGGACUCUGUACUAACCAUGUCAUACCAGAAAUUACCUCUAGAUGGCAGCGGUAAGCCUCUACUGUAUCAAGCUGAUCUCAGAAGAAGAAGAAAAGAAGCGGGAAACAAGUAUUUCAACAUAGCGUGAAUGACAGCAUGUUGAAUAACAGGAAACAGCCGACUACUGCUGUUGCUGUUUCAGAGAGAUCUGAGUCCUCGUUUUCCCGCCGUUUGGUGACUGCAGCAGCGAUCGGAUACCACGACGAACUCAGAGAAGCAGAAAAGAUGCCACGGAUCUCAGAGAAAAAUUGGAAGUCUGCUCUGACUGACCUCCUGGAGGAACUGGACAAGCCACAGUACUCGAAGAUGCUUCUCUAUCUCACAAUCCCCAAAAGCCAGAAGAGUCCUAAGCAGAAGGCAAACAUGCCACAAACCAUCAUCGAGCACUACGGAGUGGAACAAUCGAUCCUAGAAGUCAGCGAGGUCAUGGACAAGAUACCGAGGAAGGACUCUGCUGUCCAGGACCUGCUGCGCCCCUUUGUGGACAAAGUGAGGAGCAACCAGGAGAAAGAGAAGAAGGGGACAAAGAGGAAACAAGAAACUGACUCCAGGUCAGCGAACAAGAAGCAGAAGUCAGCAGAUGAUGAACUGAAGAGCCACAAGUCUGACAAGGAAAAUGUAAUUCAAACAUGGAGAACAACCAUUGAGGAUCUAAAAAUCACUCAUGAUGCCACCAAAAAAACCAUAUUUGGCAAAGUUGUGCAGAAAUCUGGUCUGCGUACAUAUCAAACUAAAGACCAGAAGAAGUUUUUCUUUUACCUGGCAGUCGCCGAUGAUACAGACAUCAUUAAGGUGAUGGUCUACGGAAAGGAGCGCUUUCAACAAUUCAAGGAGGAGAAUUUCUACACUUUCAGAAAUGUGCUCAUGGAGAAUUCCAUCAUGAAAGUCACCAAAUGUAGCACAAUUUCAGACACGGGCCGUUUUGAUGUCCCUGGAGAUCUGGAUCUGAAAGCUCGGCUGCUCCUUUAUUCCAGCAUUCCAGUUUGCUCCAUCGCAACGGCUUGCAGCUAUGAUGACAAGACACUAGUGAGUGUUAUGGGAACUGUAACAGAGAUCAGACCUCUUGAACACGUCAAACUGAAGACCAAACGCAGGAACAAAGCCAAGCAGGACUUCAAGCUGCAAGACAAGACGGGCUCCAUCAGGAUCACCUUGUGGGGAGACGAUACCCAGCGGCUCAGAGGAAUAUCAUCUGGAGACUAUGUCAUGGUGGCCAACGUAAAGACCAACCACUACUAUGACACGGUAUCACUGAACUCUACGGACUACACCAGGAUUGUCAAGAUGCAAAGUGCUGCCGUCCAGAAUGUCAGAAUUGAGAUUAUAGGGAUCAUAAACGCCGGCAGAACCGACACCGAGCUGGAGGCAGAGAUCAGCCAACAGGUGCAGACGCUUGUUGUGGCCUCUUCAUCUCUGCAGAAGGCCUUUUAUGUCAGACUGGACGGCGACUUCAAGGAAAGGCUACUGGAGAAAAUACCACUGUCAGCAUAUGCAGAAAUCCAAGGAAAAAAGAUCAUUAGAAUUGAAGCUGUUUAGAAGAUGUGAAAGUAAUUUGCUUUGUUUAGGAGUCCGUCUCUGUGGGUCUUUCCUCUCUUAAAGGCAUUAGAGGAGAUUUAAUUUCCUACGACUUUGAACAUAGCAUGCGCACAUACAACCUCUCCCUCACCCCCCUCUAACCUCCCCCCUCUUAACAUUUACGAAGAAACGCCCGCCUCCAGAAACUUGCGUAGGACUCGUGAAGUUGUCUUUUACGGCUGGGUCCCCCUGGAUCUUUAUCUGCCAUUAUGUAAAAAAAGAUGAGCAAAACAAGUCGCCAGCUUACUACGAAGGUAUACCAAAGCAACACAUACAGAAAACACGGACGUCCAAGGCGUACGUAAUCUACGUAACUAGGUCUGAGUCAGAAGAUUUUUGAUUGACAGGAAAGGGAGCAAACCAAACGCCUCGGUUCGAGCGCUUUGAUUGGCUGAUGUUUUUCAGGUCCUGCCAUGUCCACAGUUAUUUUUUUUUCAUUUUUUAUUCUUUUAGAGACCAUACAUAAAAGUCCACUAAAGGUCAGUAUAUUCAUUUUAUGUGAAUCAGACAAAUUAAACAAAAAAAACAUCCUCCAUAAUGCCUUUAAAGCUCGUCUGUCAUGCAAACUUUUAAACAUGAAUCUGUCGUAGUUAUUGGAACAAUCAGUGUGUACACAAAAUCUAAAUGAGUAACAAUAAAAAUGUGUGAUGCACAUAAACCUGUGCGUUUAUUUAGGUGUUCAUCAUUCCUAAAGUAUGACAGGAAGCUGUUGAUGGGAAAAUGAAGCUUUUGUGAAGCACCAGUUGUUGUAAAAAAUGGGUUCAUCACUCCAGGCUUCAGUUACGGGGACCUCUUCUGGACAAGUGCACGGCUGCAGGCAAAUUAAGCACGCAGUGCUGGAGGCUUUUAAUUGAUUUAUACAGGACUAUCUGAAAAUAACUCAAAUGUUUUGUUUUUCACUGUAAAACUUCAACUUUAAAGGACCAUUUUGCUUUGAAGUGACUUUUGUUCUGUCAGUUGCUCUUGCCAUGAUGAGCUGAAUAAAAGGAGAAUUUUUGUUUUCUCA